GUUUAUUCGGAAAUGGAACGUACCGAUGAAGCUGACAUGAACAACAUUUGAUUAAUAGAAUGUGGAGAAGAAGUGAUAUCCUUUGUGGGCAAGAAGCGUUACGCGGUCUAAAUGAAGUUUGCUGGUGCAUUAUAGAAGACCACUGCCAACCGUUUUACUCGGAGCAGAUAAUAAGCGGCACUUAUAGUCUAUCUAUCUAUCUUCGUCCCAUAGCUUGGAGUCGUUAGGGGCGACAAUAACUUCAUGUCUUCAUUGGCUGUAAUACAGUUCUAGUUGGCUGAUCAAAUAGCCUAUAAACUUUAAUUAUACAGUCUAGAAAUUACAGGCAGACACUCAGAUCAGUUUUAUUUCCAUCAUGGAUGGGGACAAAAUUAAAAAAGCAGACGUUCCAGAGGCUGAAAAUGAUGAUUGGACACCUCUCCAUGGGGCAUCAUUCAAUGGUCACCUCGAUGAUGUACAGAUUCUCAUUGGCCAAGGAGCAGAUCUAAACAGGGAAGAUAAGGAUGGAUGGACACCUCUCGAUGCAGCAUCAUUCAAUGGUCACCUCGAUCUUGUACAGUUUCUUAUUAGUGAAGGAGCAGAUCUAAAAAGGGCCAAUAAAGAUGGUAUGACACCUCUCUACACGGCCUCAUUAAAUGGUCACCUUGAAGUUGUACAGUUUCUCAUUGGCCAAGGAGUGGAUCUAAAUAGUGCUUGUAAUGAUGGCAGAACACCUCUCUUCGUCGCAUCAUCCAAUGGUCAACUCGAUGUUGUACAGUUUCUUAUUGGUCAAGGAGCAGAUCUUAAAGGAGCGGAUAAGGAUGGAAGGACACCUCUCUACGCGGCAUCAGCAAACGGUCACCUCGAUGUUGUACAGUUCCUCAUUGGCCAAGGAGCAGAUUUAAAUAGGGAUGGUAAUGAUGGUAGCACACUUCUAGAAGCAGCAUCUCUCAAAGGUCACCUCGACGUUGUACAGUUUCUCAUUGGCCAAAAAGCAGAUUUCAAAAGGGCUGGUAUUGGUGGACGCACACCUCUCCAAGCGGCAUCAUUAAAUGGUCACCUCAAUGUUGUACAGUUCCUCGUUGGCGAAAAAGCAGAUCUUAAUAGGCCAGGUAUUGGUGGGCGCACACUACUUCAAGUGGCAUCUUCCAACGGUCACCUCGAUGUUGUACAAUUUCUCAUUGGCCAAGGAGCAGAUCUAAAUAGUUCUAGUUAUGACGGCAGCACAUCUCUGGAAUUGGCAUCUCUCAAAGGUCACCUCGAUGUUGUACAGUUUCUUAUUGGCCAAGGAGCAGAUCUAAAAGGGGCGGAUAAGGAUGGAAGGACACCCCUCUUCGUCGCUUCAUCCAAAGGUCACCUCGAUGUUGUACAGUUUCUUAUUGAUCAAGGAGCAGAUCUAAAAGGGGCGGAUAAGGAUGGAAGGACACCUCUACACGCGGCAUCAGCAAACGGUCACCUCGAUGUUGUACAGUUUCUUAUUGGCCAAGGAGCAGAUCUUAAAGGGGCGGAUAAGGAUGGAAGGACACCUCUCUAUGCGGCAUCAGCAAACGGUCACCUCUAUGUUGUACAGUUUCUUAUUGGCCAAGGAGCAGAUCUAAAAGGGGCGGAUAAGGAUGGAAGGACACCUCUCUACGCGGCAUCACUCAAAGGUCACCUCGAUGUUGUACAGUUUCUUAUUGGACAAGGAGCAGAUCUAAAAGGGGCGGAUAAGGAUGGAAGGACACCUCUCUACGCGGCAUCACUCAAAGGUCACCUCGAUGUUGUACAGUUUCUUAUUGGUCAAGGAGCAGAUCUAAAAGGGGCGGAUAAGGAUGGAAGGACACCUCUCUACGCGGCAUCAUUCAAUGGUCACCUCGAUGUUGUACAGUUUCUUAUUGGCCAAGGAGCAGAUCUAAAAGGGGCGGAUAAGGAUGAAAGGACACCCCUCUUCGUCGCUUCAUCCAAAGGUCACCUCGAUGUUGUACAGUUUCUUAUUGAUCAAGGAGCAGAUCUAAAAGGGGCGGAUAAGGAUGGAAGGACACCUCUCCACGCGGCAUCACUCAAAGGUCACCUCGAUGUUGUACAGUUUCUUAUUGGCCAAGGAGCAGAUCUAAAAGGGGCGGAUAAGGAUGGAAGGACACCCCUCUUCGUCGCUUCAUCCAAAGGUCACCUCGAUGUUGUACAUUUUCUUAUUGAUCAAGGAGCAGAUCUAAAAGGGGCGGAUAAGGAUGGAAGGACACCUCUCCACGCGGCAUCAGCAAACGGUCACCUCGAUGUUGUACAGUUUCUUAUUGGCCAAGGAGCAGAUCUAAAAGGGGCGGAUAAGGAUGGAAGGACACCUCUCUACGCGGCAUCAGCAAACGGUCACCUCGAUGUUGUACAGUUUCUUAUUGGCCAAGGAGCAGAUCUAAAAGGGGCGGAUAAGGAUGGAAGGACACCUCUCUACGCGGCAUCAGCAAACGGUCACCUCGAUGUUGUACAGUUUCUUAUUGGCCAAGGAGCAGAUCUAAAAGGGGCGGAUAAGGAUGGAAGGACACCUCUCUACGCGGCAUCAGCAAACGGUCACCUCGAUGUUGUACAGUUUCUUAUUGGCCAAGGAGCAGAUCUAAAAGGGGCGGAUAAGGAUGAAAGGACACCCCUCUUCGUCGCUUCAUCCAAAGGUCAUCUCGAUGUUGUACAGUUUCUUAUUGAUCAAGGAGCAGAUCUAAAAGGGGCGGAUAAGGAUGGAAGGACACCUCUCCACGCGGCAUCACUCAAAGGUCACCUCGAUGUUGUACAGUUUCUUAUUGGUCAAGGAGCAGAUCUAAAAGGGGCGGAUAAGGAUGGAAGGACACCUCUCCACGCGGUAUCACUCAAAGGUCACCUCGAUGUUGUACAGUUUAUUUUUGGUCAAGGAGCAGAUCUAAAAGGGGCGGAUAAGGAUGGAAGGACACCUCUUCAAGUGGCAUCAUGCAAUGGUCACCUCGAUGUUGUACAAUUUCUUAUUGGCCAAGGAGCAGAUCUAAAGAGGGCGGAUAAGGAUGGAAGGACACCUCUCUACAUGGCAUCAUGCAAUGGUCACCUCGAGGUUGUACAGUUUCUCAUUGGCCAAGGAGCAGAUCUAAAUAGUGCUAGUAAUGAUGGCAGUACACCUCUAGAAAUGGCAUCACUCGAAGGUCACCUUUAUGUUGUACAGUUUCUUAUUGGUCAAGGAGCAGAUCUAAAAGGGGCGGAUAAGGAUGGAAGGACACCUCUCUACGCGGCAUCAUUCAAUGGUCACCUCGAUGUUGUACAAUUUCUUAUUGGCCAAGGAGCAGAUCUAAAGAGGGCGGAUAAGAAAGGCACGACACCUCUCUACAUGGCAUCAUGCAAUGGUCACCUCGAGGUUGUACAGUUUCUCAUUGGCCAAGGAGCAGAUCUAAAGAGGGCGGAUAAAGAAGGCAGGACGCCUCUCUAUAUGGCAUCAUGCAAUGGUCACCUCGAGGUUGUACAGUUUCUCAUUGGCCAAGGAUCAGAUUUAAAUAGUGCUAGUAAUGAUGGCAGUACACCUCUAGAAAUGGCAUCACUCGAUGGUCACCUUUAUGUUGUACAGUUUCUCAUUGGCCAAGGAGCAGAUCUAAAUAGUGUGGAUAAAGGUGGUAUGACACCUCUCUUCACGUCCUCAUUCAGUGGUCACCUCGAUGUUGUAGAGUUUCUCAUUGGCCAAGGAGUGGAACUAAAUGGGGUUUGUAAUGAUGGCAGAACACCCCUCUUCGUCGCAUCAUCCACUGGUCACCUCGAUGUUGUACAAUUUCUCAUUGGCCAAGGAGCAGAUCUAAAAGGGGCGGAUAAGGAUGGAAGGACACCUCUCUACGCGGCAUCACUCAAAGGUCACCUCGAUGUUGUACAGUUUCUUAUUGGACAAGGAGCAGAUCUAAAAGGGGCGGAUAAGGAUGGAAGGACACCUCUCUACGCGGCAUCACUCAAAGGUCACCUCGAUGUUGUACAGUUUCUUAUUGGUCAAGGAGCAGAUCUAAAAGGGGCGGAUAAGGAUGGAAGGACACCUCUCCACGCGGCAUCAGCAAACGGUCACCUCGAUGUUGUACAGUUUCUCAUUGGCCAAGGAGCAGAUUUAAAUAGGCAUGGUAAUGAUGGUAGCACACUUCUAGAAGCAGCAUCACUCGAAGGUCACCUCGAUGUUGUACAAUUUCUCAUUGGCCAAGGAGCAGAUCUAAAAGGGGCGGAUAAGGAUGGAAGGACACCUCUCUACGCGGCAUCACUCAAAGGUCACCUCGAUGUUGUACAGUUUCUUAUUGGACAAGGAGCAGAUCUAAAAGGGGCGGAUAAGGAUGGAAGGACACCUCUCUACGCGGCAUCACUCAAAGGUCACCACGAUGUUGUACAGUUUCUUAUUGGUCAAGGAGCAGAUCUAAAAGGGGCGGAUAAGGAUGGAAGGACACCUCUCUACGCGGCAUCAUUCAAUGGUCACCUCGAUGUUGUAUUUCUCAUUGGCCAAGGAGCAGAUUUAAAUAGUGUGGAUAAAGAUGGUAUGACACCUCUCUUCACAUCCUCAUUCAGUGGUCACCUCGAUGUUGUAGAGUUUCUCAUUGACCAAGGAGUGGAACUAAAUGGUGUUUGUAAUGAUGGCAGAACACCCCUCUUCGUCGCAUCAUCCACUGGGGCGGAUAAGGAUGAAAGGACACCUCUCUACGCGGCAUCAUUCAAUGGUCACCUCGAUGUUGUACAAUUUUUUAUUGGCCAAGGAGCAGAUCUAAAGAGGGCGGAUAAGAAAGGCACGACACCUCUCUACAUGGCAUCAUGCAAUGGUCACCUCGAGGUUGUACAGUUUCUCAUUGGCCAAGGAGCAGAUCUAAAGAGGGCGGAUAAAGAAGGCAGGACGCCUCUCUAUAUGGCAUCAUGCAAUGGUCACCUCGAGGUUGUACAGUUUCUCAUUGGCCAAGGAUCAGAUUUAAAUAGUGCUAGUAAUGAUGGCAGUACACCUAUAGAAAUGGCAUCACUCGAAGGUCACCUUUAUGUUGUACAGUUUCUCAUUGGCCAAGGAGCAGAUCUAAAUAGUGUGGAUAAAGAUGGUAUGACACCUCUCUUCACAUCCUCAUUUAGUGGUCACCUCGAUGUUGUAGAGUUUCUCAUUGACCAAGGAGUGGAACUAAAUGGUGUUUGUAAUGAUGGCAGAACACCCCUCUUCGUCGCAUCAUCCACUGGUCACCUCGAUGUUGUACAAUUUCUCAUUGGCCAAGGAGCAGAUCUAAAAGGGGCGGAUAAGGAUGGAAGGACACCUCUCUACGCGGCAUCACUCAAAGGUCACCUCGAUGUUGUACAGUUUCUUAUUGGUCAAGGAGCAGAUCUAAAAGGGGCGGAUAAGGAUGGAAGGACACCUCUCCACGCGGCAUCAGCAAACGGUCACCUCGAUGUUGUACAGUUUCUCAUUGGCCAAGGAGCAGAUUUAAAUAGGCAUGGUAAUGAUGGUAGCACACUUCUAGAAGCAGCAUCACUCGAAGGUCACCUCGAUGUUGUACAGUGUCUCAUUGGCCAAAAAGCAGAUUUCAAAAGGGCUGGUAUUGGUGGACGCACACCUCUCCAAGCGGCAUCAUUAAAUGGUCACCUCAAUGUUGUUCAGUUCCUCGUUGGCGAAAAAGCAGAUCUUAAUAGGCCAGGUAUUGGUGGGCGCACACCACUUCAAGUGGCAUCUUCCAACGGUCACCUCGAUGUUGUACAAUUUCUCAUUGGCCAAGGAGCAGAUCUUAAUAGUUCUAGUUAUGAUGGCAGCACAUCUCUGGAAUUGGCAUCACUCAAAGGUCACCUCGAUGUUGUAGAGUUUCUCACUGGCCAGGGAGCAGAUCUAAAUAAUAUUGUUGGGCGCACACCUCUUCAAGCGGCUUCAUUUAAUGGUCAUCUCGAUGUCGUACAGUUUCUCAUUAGCCAAGGAGCAGAUCUAAAUAGGGCUGGUAUUGGGGGGCACACACCUCUCCAAGCGGCAUCACUCAAAGGUCACCUCGAUGUUGUACAUUUUCUCAUUGGCCACAAAGCAGAACCAAAUAGGGCUGAUAAUAACUGCAGCACACCUCUCCACGCGGAGUUUAUCGAUAAUGAUCCAGCCGGUGGUUCACAACAGGAAAGCGGGAGUGUCGAAAAACAGGUGGAUAGCGAAGCAAACGUACACACCUCAAAAUCAGAACAGCUCAACAUAGACUCUGCAUCUUCUGAACAGGUCGUAGAAGAUGUUAUUCAUGAUUCGACAGGGGCAUCAGAUGAGCAAGCAGGCUUGCUUUGCAUCGAGAAGUAUGGCAUUGAAAUCCAGUUUCAUCCAAGUGAGAUUUGGGGCGUUGAAGACAUACAGGCAGUACCUGAAGUUCCAGCUGAACUGGUAGACCUGUUAACGGAGGACCAAGCAAUAAUUUGUGUUGGCCUUAAGGCGUCACCGUCUGAUGCAAAGUAUAAAUAUCCAGUAAAAGUGACGAUGCCCCAUUCAGCGAUUUUCACAAGUCCUGAUACUGCAUCUACUGGGACGUACCAUCGGAAAAGCAGUAAGAAUCUUUACAGUUAA